AUGAAAGAAUCUUUAUAUGAUAAGUUCAUCAAGGGAGUAAAAGGAUUAUGGCUAAAGUCUGAUCCAGAAUUGCCAGGAGCUAAGCAAAAAACCCCAUUAAAUAUAAGCCGGUUUUAUUUGUUAAUUAUAAUAGUAAUAUAUACAGCAACCUCUGCAUGUAUAUAUUUUGAUUGGAGUGCAGUCAGAAAUUUAUUAUUAAAAGCUAGAAAAUAUGAAUAUUUAAAUGUAGAUCAGUAUAGUGACAUAACAUUAACUCCACAAUAUAAAAGAAUAAAUAAUUUAUUACCAAUGACUAUAGCUAUACAUUUUACAACUUCGGUUUUUUGCGGAUUUUUAUUUGAUCACAUUGGACCUAAAUUUACAGCAAUUUUAGGACAACUGUUUAAUAUUAUUUGCUGGAUUCUUUUAUCAAUUGAAAGCACAACUGUAGAUACAACUCUUAUUGGAUUUAUAUUUUUAGGAUUAGGAGCAGAUACAGCUUUCAUACCUAUUCUUACUGUUGCAAAUUUAUAUCCAGAUGCAUCUACUUUUAUUUUAACAGUUGUUGGAGCAGCAGCUUCAUUAAGUUUUGCUGUUCCUGCAACAUUAAAUAUAAUUUAUAACAAUAUUUCUAAUAUUUCAUUUUCUUAUAUUUGUUAUGGUUACAUUUUUGUUAUUCUUGUGCCUUGUCUAUUAGUUGCAAUAUUCUUAUUGCCAUUAAAACCAUUUAAAGGAUUAGAUUAUUAUUUAGAAAAGGAUAAUGAAAAAGUACAAAAUCUGAAAGACGAUGCGGUAAUAAAACAUAAUAAUAUUAAUGAAAUAGAAUUAGGAUAUAUUGAAUCAUUAGAUAAAAUGAACAAAGAACAUAGUGGCAGCCAAUCAAUUUAUGAAAUGGAAAACGAUUUUGAAAAAAUGAAAAAUAAAACUAAUAAUAUUAGUAAUGAAAGUACGAUGAAUUCAUCAAAGAGCAUUAUGGAAAGUAAAGAUUUCCACAUGAAAAGUAUAAAAUUAUUUUUUAGAAUAUUAGUAAGUUAUCCUGGUGUAUGCGUUAUUUCUUAUUUUGUUUUAUUUAAUAUUUCAUGCGUUUUUUAUGGAAUGGUUAAUGAAACAUAUUUUAGCUAUGAUAGAUCUAUUAUAAACAUUAUUAAUAUUUUAUUACCUGCUUCUUCUAUACCUUGUAUUAUAUUUGGAAGAUUUGUAAAUAAAUAUGGAGCUGCUUUAAUUAUUUUAAUUAUGAAUGCAUUUUCAGCGCUUAUGCAUCUUACUGCUUUAAUUAAACACAAACUCGCAGGAUUAAUUUCUGUUUUUCUUUAUAUGUGUGUUACUAGUAUGUAUACUAGCCAAAUUUAUUGCUUCAUUCAAAAUUCUUUUCCAUCUAUUGUUUUUGGAAAAUUACUUGGAUUUGCUAGUUUGUGUGGGGGUACAUUUUCUUUAAUUUGUAAUAAUCUUUAUGAUUCUGCCAUAAAUCAAAAUAAUUCAAACAUUGACCCUACUAAUGUUUCCUUACUUUUAGUUGCCUCAUUUAUGAUUAUGUUUCUUCCUUUAAGUAUAUUAUAUGUUAGAAAAUAUGAACGAUCCAUUGAAAAUAUAGGAGAAAACAAUAACUUAACGGAAAGUUAA